AUGUCGUUAACACUAUUAUUGCUUGCAUUAAAAGUUGCUAAUUUUGAAGCGAAUAUUCGAGGAGUGGGAGGGUUAGAGACUGAAGAAAAGGAGUCUUCAAUUUUUGAUAUAAUUUUCGGUGUUUCUCCCGAGACAGCAGUUGACGAACCUGACGAAGAAGAAGAAAUCAAGCCACUUUUGUCAUCGAAAAGAACAGUGAUUCUACGUGAAUUUGCGCGAGAAAAUCUUUUAAGGUCUGAUUCGCUCAUUAUUCUUCUGCUAUAA